UUGUGCGCGUGUGCUGUGCGUAUUUUCUGCGCUUUAAACGCCCCUUUGUACGCCCACUGUUCCCAGGCUGGCCAGAGAACGGUUCACCUCACCGGGAAAUUGUGACAGAAAUGGGAAAGGUGUGGUGGGUUUUUAGGCUAUGACACUGACACAUCGGGCAGGAUGGAUGUAACUGGCCGAGAAAUCUUGCUUCUUAUCUGCGUCAGCUGCCUCUGGCUACCAGUGUUGGCAGAGGUGGUGUCUGAUGACAGCUAUGUAAACGAGGUGCAGAGCUCAGCCCCUCUCUCCUGUUCAGAGGGCUUCACAGAGCUGGGCUACUACAACGGCACUGUGUCCCAGACAGACUCUGGCGCCCCCUGUCUGCGGUGGACUGAGUUCCCAGACUACGUCCUCCAGUACCCGGGCCGCGGCCUGGGGGAGCACAGCUACUGCAGGAACCCAGACAGAGAAUCCAACCCGUGGUGCUUCUUCAGACAGAGCUCUGGAGCCAUCGGCUGGGCCUACUGUGACUGUCACCAAGGCGCGGCCCGGCUGGUGGGGGGGGCCUCUGGAAGUGGCCGUGUGGAGGUGUAUCUGAACGGCCAGUGGGGAUCUGUGUGUGGCUCUCACUGGACGGAGCGGGAUGCCAGCGUGGUCUGUAGACAGCUGGGCCUGGGUGAGAUCGGCACAUCGGUGCAGCCGUCCACGUUCGGCUCGGGUUCGGGCCUCUUUCACUACGAGCGCUUAGGUUGCCGUGGUGACGAGACCUCCCUGAGUCAGUGCCGAGGCAGGACGUUCGUCACCGGCGACUGCAGCCAUGGAAACGAGGCUGGACUGGUGUGCGCGCCUCCGGAAGGCAGCGGGCCUCCCCUGAGGCUGGUGGGAGGGGACGAGGACUUUGAGGGCCGCGUGGAGGUGUUCCAUGGAGGCCGCUGGGGCUCUGUCUGUGAUGACCAGUGGGAUGACAGAGAUGCAGAGGUGGUGUGCAGACAGCUGGGCUUCAGUGGCGUGGCAAAGGCCUGGACCUGGGCUCAUUUUGGCCAAGGCUCGGGACCCAUCCUCCUAGAUGCUGUACAGUGCACUGGAAACGAGCUGUCGCUAGAACAGUGUGUCCAUGGCGACUGGGAGCAGCACAACUGUGAUCAUAUGGAGGAUGCAGGAGUGUCCUGCAGUCCCUAUACAGACGGCGUGGUGCGGCUGGUGGGAGGAGAGCGUCCCUGGGAGGGUCGUGUGGAGGUGUUCCACUCAGGAGACUGGGGCUCCGUGUGUGGCCACCACUGGAGCCAGGACCACGCCCAGGUGGUCUGCCAGCAGCUGGGAUACAGGGGGCAUGCUGAGGUGGUGGGGGGCGGGGCCUUUGGUGAGGGUACUGGGAUCAUCCUAUUGGACGACGUCCAUUGCGAGGGCUCUGAGUCGUCCCUGCUGGACUGUCGCCACGGCAUCUGGGGGCGGAGCACCUGCUCGUACAGUGAGGUGGUGGGUGUGCGCUGUAGGAGAGACCCCAGCCCAGACACAAACCAGCUACCAGCACUGGCACCUGCUACAGGACCCCUGCUGCGUCUCAGGGGUGGAGACAGCCCCAGGGAGGGUCGGGUGGAGGUCUAUCUCCAUGGAGAGUGGGGCAGCAUCUGUGACUCUGGCUGGAGACUGAACGCUGCUGUGGUCUGCAGGCAAGCUGGGCUACAGGGCGUGCGCAAGUUCUGGGGGGGCAGGGCCGGGGGAAGGGUCCCUCUCCACCUGGACCAGCUCAGGUGUACGGGCCAGGAGGACUUCCUGGGGGAGUGUCCGUCUCUGGGCCGGUCUCAGGCCUGCGCGCGGCAGGAGGACGCAGGGGUGAGGUGUGACUCUGGGCCCAGGCCAGGACAGGACACCUGUGGGCAGAGGAAGGUUCCGGGGGUCAGCAGCCCAGACCAGACAGGGGGAGGACAGAUCUCUCCCAGGAGCUCCAUGCCGUGGCAGCUGUCUGUGUGGCUGCAGGGUGACAAACAAGAUGGCCCCCCUCUCUGUAGUGGAACACUUAUCACCCCUUGCUGGGCACUGACCUCUGCACAUUGCUUCAACAAGUACGGCCGUGAGCCCUCCAGGUAUGUGGUACGUGUUGGAGCUCGCUCACUGUUACCACCAGAACAAGUGGUGGUCCACAGGAAGUUCAAAGGUGAGCGUGGGGGUCACGACCUGGCCCUGCUGAAGCUACCCAGCGCAGAGGGUCACUGUGUCCGUUUGGACGGCGACACAAAUGCCGCCUGCCUCCCCAGCCCUGAGAGACUGGGGGCCAGCAGCCCCUCCUCCUGCAUCGUCACGGUGACCACAGCCAGGACUGGAGCAGACGCUGUCCUGCAGUCCUGGGUGCCUCUCUUGUCACCGUGGCAAUGUAAGAAGCACUAUGGCGACGGCUACUCCAGCCACGGAACGCUGUGCGCCGGCAGCCCCCCGGACACCAGCCGUCUCCAUGGUGAUGGUUGUCAGGGCAACGGCGGCGGAGGGCUGGUGUGCCAGGGCGAGGGGGGCCGCUGGGUCCUGACUGGGACCGUUGCCGGGGGUUACGGGUGUGGCGAGCCCUCGGCUCCAGCCCUCUACACCCGGGUCAGCAGGUUCAGGAGCUGGAUCCACGAGGUCACACACACACACACUCAGGAGGAUCACACACACAUCACAGAGCAGAACAUAGCCGUUCUAGAAGACCACUCAAACACAGCGGCAGUAACACACACCCGGGAUCAUCAGCACCUCUCACACACAGAGCAGCUUACAGACACAGAAGAUUACCUCACACAGAGUCAGAAUGACAUCAUAAACACCCACAAUGACCUCACACACGUGCAGAAAACGAUGCAACCCUCAGCUGUGCAUGAGCAUCAGAAACACACACACGCUCCGCACACUAGCACGCAUGCACACGCUGCCAGUCAGUUCAAACAAAACGCUCACGCGCAAAAGGAUCACGGUAACACACACAAGAAGGGCACACACACGUCUGGCAUUGCCACACACACCCCCAUCCUGGUCUGAUCCAGGUCGAGCCAGCAGAACCACAGGCCUCCGUAGAGGAAGAGGAGGAAGAGGAGGAAGAGGAAGGAUGAGGGAGAGAAGGGAGUGGAGGUUGUUAUGAACCUGUCUGAACCCUGACUGUCCAGUAUAUACUCACGUGAACUCUGAACUCCAGGGCCUCUUCAAAGGCCCUAUGCACUGCGCAGUGAUGCAGUAUGAUGAUAAUGACCUCAUCAG